CUGAGAGCCCGAGGUCCUCCCGUCCGCAGCGACGCACCGUGCAUUUCGGACUCGGCACCCGCACCCGUCCGAGGAGGGGAGACAUCAUGGCAACCACUACUUGUACACGUUUUACAGAUGAAUACCAGCUGUACGAGGAGCUUGGCAAGGGGGCCUUUUCAGUGGUGCGCCGCUGUGUCAAACUCUGCACAGGCCAAGAGUACGCCGCCAAAAUCAUCAACACCAAAAAGCUCUCGGCCAGAGACCAUCAGAAACUGGAGAGAGAAGCCAGGAUCUGCAGAUUGCUCAAGCACUCCAACAUCGUUCGUCUCCAUGACAGUAUCUCAGAGGAAGGCUUCCACUAUCUCCUCUUUGACCUGGUGACAGGAGGGGAGUUGUUCGAGGACAUUGUGGCGAGAGAGUACUACAGUGAAGCAGAUGCCAGUCAUUGCAUCCAGCAGAUCCUGGAGGCCGUGCUCCACUGCCAUCAGAUGGGGGUGGUACAUAGAGAUCUCAAGCCGGAGAACCUGCUGUUGGCAAGCAAGUGCAAGAACGCAGCAGUGAAGCUGGCCGACUUUGGACUCGCUAUCGAGGUUCAAGGAGACCAGCAGGCUUGGUUUGGCUUUGCAGGGACUCCCGGCUACUUGUCCCCAGAGGUGCUGAGGAAGGAGGCGUAUGGUAAACCUGUAGACAUCUGGGCAUGUGGUGUGAUCCUCUACAUCCUUUUGGUUGGAUACCCUCCGUUCUGGGACGAGGACCAGCACAAACUCUACCAGCAGAUCAAAGCUGGAGCGUACGAUUUUCCUUCCCCAGAGUGGGACACGGUGACUCCGGAGGCUAAAAAUCUGAUCAACCAGAUGCUGACCAUCAACCCAGCCAAGAGAAUUACUGCCCAGGAGGCUCUGAAGCACCCAUGGGUCUGCCAACGCUCAACAGUGGCCUCUAUGAUGCACAGACAGGAGACAGUCGAGUGCCUGAAGAAGUUUAACGCCAGGAGGAAACUCAAGGGUGCCAUUCUGACCACCAUGCUCGUCUCCAGGAACUUCUCUGUGGGCCGGCAGACUACAGCGCCCGCCUCCGUCAGCGCCGUGGCUGGAACCACCGCCGGCAUUGUGGAGCAAGCAGCCAAGAGUCUCCUCAACAAGAAGGCUGAUGUCAAGCCCCAGACAAACAGCACGAGAAACAGCAUAGUCACCAGUCCCAAAGGCAACAUCCCCUCUGCUGCACUGGAGCCUCAGACUACUGUUAUCCAUAAUCCAAUAGAUGGGACCAAGGAAUCAUCUGACAGCAGCAACACCACUAUUGAGGAUGAAGACGUGAAAGCUCGCAAACAGGAGAUCAUAAAGAUCACGGAGCAGCUCAUUGAAGCUGUCAACAAUGGAGACUUUGAGGCGUACGCGAAGAUCUGCGACCCUGGUCUGACCUCGUUCGAGCCGGAGGGGCUGGGUAAUCUGGUGGAGGGAAUGGACUUCCACAGAUUUUACUUUGACAAUCUCCUCUCCAAGAACAGCAAACCCAUCCACACCACCAUCCUCAACCCUCACGUGCACAUGAUCGGGGACGACGCCGCCUGCAUCGCCUACAUCCGCCUGACGCAGUUCGUCGACGGGCAGGGCCACCCCCGCUCCAGCCAAUCAGAGGAGACCAGAGUAUGGCACCGCAGGGACAGCCGGUGGCAAAACGUCCACUUCCACUGCUCAGGAGCUCCUGCUGCCCCGCUGCAGGGAUGAGGUGCAUGAGACAGAUGAAGAGGUCAAGAGGAGCAGAGAAGGAAUAAGUGGAUAAUUAGAGAGCGAAUUAGCCCUGAGAGAGAGGUGCAGGUGGAUGGAGGGUGUCUUAAGGGAGUCUGAAGAGUCUGAUUUCAGGAUCGUGGUCGUCGUCCUGCACCCUGCACGCCCACCUCGCCCUUCUCUCUCUGUUUUUCCACAACAGACAGUGACACCGACGCUCCCAUCAUUAGGCCUACAGUACAGCAGAGGGCGUAUCAGCCAAAAAAAAAGGAAACUCUUUAGCCUGCGCCUUGUCGACGCUGCAGCCGCCCAACAUACCUGGACGACGCCUGUCCUCCUCUCCUUCACUCUGUGCUGCAAAAGAUUUCCCCUUUUACUUCUUGUAAAACAUUAUUGUUACUUACCUUCUCGUAUUAUUAUGGCUGCAGUCUAUUGUUGUGCUCUUUCAACUGUACAGUAUAUUUAUUAGUCAUUUUGAACCUUCCAUUCUGGUAUCUUCUUCUUCUUCUUCUUUUUUAAUGACGAGCAUGACUCCUCCCUGUGUUCUUAUUACCAGUGGCUGUUUUUCUGCACGACUAUGGCUGCCUGUGUGAAAUGAACAAACAGUACCACGUGUCUCGCAGAGAGAGAGACACCAGUGGGUGUAUUUAAUGACCUGUUUUGUUAUUCAAUGCAGCUUUUUAUCCACGUCCCCCCCCCCCCCCCUUUCUCUGGAGUGUAGUUGAACCCUGAGCCGACGCCUCUGUGUGUUGACCGGACCCCCUCUGAGCCGCUCUGUGGGACAGUGACAACCAUGCAGCAUGCUAACAUAUUACCGUCGUUCUUAAUUGAUUCUCUAUGUACUGAACUUUGCAAGCUAACUACUGAAAUUAUGACAAUGGUUGAAACGAUAGUAUCACGCUGUUUAUGUAAAUUUGCAGUUUCAUCGUGGUGACUUGACUACAAUUAUGCUGUAGAUGGUAUUUAAUUGCAUGAUAUUCCGAGUUAAUAACAUUGGUAAGUUGGGUGUUAUCGUGCAUUUUGUUGAUUUUUCUCUUUCUGGACUGAGCUGCUGGUGAGCUAUAAUCUAUUGCCUCUAUUUUCUGGGCUUUGUAAGUGCAUAAACUAUUUUUGUGUUCAUAUGAUAGUGUAGUAAACGAGGAUACUGGCGAGGAUCACGACAGAAUAUGCCUUUUGGAGAAAUUGCUGGAUCCAGAUCAGUUUUAAAACAGCUCUUUAAUGUAUAGCAAAGAUUAAAAAGAUCAAAAUUAUUUACUUUUAUUUUUUAGAGCAGAUGACACUGAAGAAAAUGUCACAGAUUACACAUUAGGGUCUUAAUUUAGAUUAUCUCUGCUUUUUACUUCGCACUGCACAGUUUUAAAAUGUAUUAUAAAUAGCUAAACGAUGCAUUGGUAUCAGGGACUGAAUCACGAGUCAUAAUUUGACUGGACCCCCAAAAUAAAGUCUCAGCAUAGUUUCCAAUUAUUUGCAUUUCCGUUGAUGGCUCCAUUAUAUCAGGGGUGGCCAAACUUUUUAGAUUUUGGGCCAUACACCAAAAAAGUACACAUCAUGAGCCAAACAACAGUCGAUGGAUCAGUGUUUCUAGACCCUGAAAAGCCAUUGAAAAUUUAUUUUCUAGUGUAUUGGUGUGCCCUCAUAUUGCAAAAAAAGUAUCUCUAUUUUCUGUCUUUUCAAGUCCGCCACCAUGUUUACUAAGGCAAAUUAUUUUAUUGACUCUUAAUCAAUCAUUGUAGGUGAAGUAGCGAUAUCUAGUGAUCAAAUCAAGUUCAGUGUCAGGAUGUGCUAGUAGUUUUUCAAGCAAAAUUGUGUUUGUUAUUAGGAGUAUUCUCAAGCCAUGCUCGAGUUUAUUUUAAAAAAUGAAUCGCCAACUAUUUAAAAACACACAGCAGGCCGCAGUUGGCCCGUGGGCCGUAGUUUGGCCACCCCUGCGUUAUUUUAUUCCAGCGAAGAGGUCUCAAAAAACAGCAGGAAACCAGCCUUUUUUCACCAGCUUGUGCUGUGACAAUGCACCAACCUGCCCUCUAGAGGGCGCCAACAUCUAACAACAGUGACUUACAGUAUGUCUGAGUCAAGUGCAAGGUUCAAAAUACAAAUCUAUUCAGAGUACAGCAUUGAGGUGCAUGUUUUUGACCCCUGAAUCUUAUGAGCAGAGUGAAAGAAAUUCAAACUUAUACAGACAGUCGUCCCAGGACUUGAGGGACUUUAUUACAAAGUGCAUUUACAGUGUUUUAUGGCUGCUUUGGCUCAAUUUUUCAAGGUGCAAAAUUAUUACAGUGAUCGAAAUUGGGCACAUAAGAGUAUAGAGAAUGAAAUACGAGAAAUUACCCGACAAUGCAAUUAGACAGAAACAUUUUAAUAGAAAAAUAAAACAUAACAGCUUAAGGCUAAUGUUAGUAAAAGCCUUUUUUUUUUUUGUAUGUUUUUAGAACAGCCAGGUGACUUAGAGGUGGAGCGGAAUAAUUUGUGCCAUAACUAAAUUAAAACUGGCUUAAUUAAUCAGUUAAAAGACUGAACUUUGUAUAAAAAUAAUAAUACAGGCCCUCUGAGACCCCUCUCCCCCCUUGAAGGCACAAAAUGGUUUAGUCCGUCCCUGCACUGGGAUUCAUCCUUAAAUGCAGCUAGAGCACAGUGACUGCUUAUGCUGCUGUUUUUCACCAAAAAAUGGAAAGGAGGGUUCCUAAAAAGAAAAGAAAGAAAGAACGAAAACAAAUGAAAAUGAAAAGGUGCAAGAGAGACUCGUGGAUCAUGACAGGUAGCCCAGGGGACCCACAGUGACUGCUCAAGCAUAGGACCCAGAAUUUGGUGCUACGCCCCUGGUUAUAAUCAUUGAAACGUGCUAAUGAGAGCUGUCUGUAUUCUGAGGUCUCAAUAUGUGACUUAGGUUUUGAAUUCUCUAAGUAUGGACACCAUUUUGUGGUUAAAGGUAGGAAUUUAGCUCCUUUACACAUUAAAACUGAGCCAAACCACUGUAAGAUACUGUAACUCAAACUGUUAUUCACAACACAUCCUGUGCUUUACUCACAUUAUCAACCCUGAGUGAGUGAGUUAUUAUCAGACGACACUGAAGGUUGUUUUUCGGUGUAUCUUGUCACCAUUUGUACAAAUUUGAAAAUUCCCACACUGGGCGUGAAGCCAGAACCACGAGUCCUCCUUCCUGUCCAGUCCAAACCCUAAUAGUGUCAGUGCUUUAAUAGGAUUACUGGUCACUCAGAGAACAUCCCCGUUCGGCAAACAAUCCUUAUUCCAUUAAUUAGCAUUUGGCCGGGGUGUAACGUUGAGGGCUGCAACUCUAACGCUAUUCUAACUGCUUCAGAAGAGCCUGGAGAUUUAUUUUCCUUUACGAUCAGGUGACAGUAACAGAGCGCUGCUGUGUGUGCAACAAAGCUUCUCUUUCUGGAAAUUUGAUUCUACAGAUAACGAUGACGAUGGUGUGCAUUCCGAGUCUUAUCAAUAUUAAAAUGUGAUCAGAUGUAAUCAGUGUGUGAACCAAUAAAAUGACAAUGCAGAGAGCGCAUCACUCCACUCUCUUAUC